AUGAUACGCUAAAAACAAUGGGAAGAAAAAGUAAUGUUGCCAAAAAGUUCCUGAAAUUGGCUGUUGUCAUAAUAUGCUUGACAGGAUUCUUGCUGCAGACUUUAGAGUUCUUAUUCCUGUACUGGACGUACCCAACUGUCGUGGACAUCCAAGUGUCAGUUCCUUCAGAUAUCGAGAUGCCUGGAAUAUCCUUAUGUAGUCACAAUGGCUUCAAGCCGGACGUCGUGUGCAAGUUGAGAGGAUGGUGUACUAUGCCUCGGAUGUUUAAUUUUAUUGAUUUAUGUGCUCCUUUCCCAAUUGUUUGCGGCUCUCAUGGAAAGCCACCGGAAGAUUUUCGAGCAGUUUCGGUUCAUGGAUUUAUGUCACAAAACGAUCUUAAUCAGACAGUUUUGGAUAUGCUGAGAAUACCACUGAAAGAUUUCUUUAAAUGCAAGAUCACUUCCGGAGCUCAAAAACGGGACUGCGAUAUGGAUAAUGUCAUCUAUGGUUCAUACUAUAGUGAUUCCAAAAUAUUAAAUUUCUGCUUCACUCUAAAUUCACUUUGGUCUGACCCCACAAGAAAAAUUCAGAAAAUCAAGAAAUCUGAGAAAAUCGAAAUGGAAUUCUACAUGGAUAUCUCAAACCGGGAUACAGACGCUCCACCGGAUUUGCCUCAAAGACCAAAAUAUAAUUAUCCUGGUUCUCCGGCAGUCCAAUUGGCUAUCCAUUCUCCAUAUCUUACAGUAAAUCCUUUCGUAUCUGGACAAGGCUUUCUUGCAGGAAAAAGAUACCAGAUCAAAGUAAAGCAGGAUGAAAAACAUCUACUUCCGCCGCCGUAUCAGACCAACUGCACCGACUACAUGCCACUCUGGCUUGCAAGAGGAGGUGUUGGACCCCUUAAUCAAAUCAUGGUGAUAGAAGAAUGCAAACUAAAUGCCACGAUUGAAGAAAUGGGAUGUGUCCCUUUCUCUGUGGAUUAUCCUCAUAACGAAACCGUCUGCAGAUACGCUGAAACAUAUCCCAAUAUGAGCCGAAUAGGAGAAAUAUGUACAGAGUUGCUGCAGUAUUACAAUCAGCCAUGCGACUUUAUUACUUACGACAUGCAAAUCGAAGAGAAGCUGGUCUACGUAGAAAAGGUUUUGGAAAGCAGGAUGAUGAGAGUAAAAGAAUCACUGACUUUCAAAGAAAAAGGG